GAAAAAUAAUUCAAUUAAGUGGCUGAUUAGGAAAAAUGAUAAAAUGAGGAAAUUAACGAUAGGUACCUAUAAAGCUGAUGCUUAUGAUUUGCACUUAUUUUUCGGCUUUCAUAUUAAUUUGUAUCGAACUAACUUAUAAUGAGGUGUUUAUUGGUUAUUAUAGCUACAAUUUUUGCACUAGCUUCUGCUGAAGGAAAGUCAAGUUUCACAUAUCCAUCCGAAACUACAAAUACCAAUUCUCUAGUCAGAAUUGUAGGAGGACAACAAGCAUCACCUAAUCAGUUUCCUUACCAAGUGGCACUUUAUAUCAAAUAUAAAAUGACCGAAAUAUUUUGUGGAGGUUCUUUGGUUUCAGCAAAUUACGUUUUAACAGCUGCACAUUGUGCUGAAGGUGCAAUCUCCAUCGAUAUAAUCCUUGGAGCUUACAACGUCUCCGAUACAUCUGAGAAUACACAGCAACAUCAAACCUCAACAACAUAUAAGGUUCAUCCUGAAUGGGACUCGUCCGCUUUAAUCAACGAUUUGGCCUUAAUAAAGCUUUCUACUCCCGCUAAAAUAAACAGCUCUGUACAAAUUAUCGCUUUACCCAAGGGAAAUGACAGCUAUGCUGGUAGUACAGGUGUCAUUACUGGUUGGGGUAAAACAACAGAUGCUCAAAAUACAGUAACCGAUAUUUUGAGAUAUGCUACUAACAAUAUUUAUAGUAAUAGCGAGUGUAAAAGUGUCGAUUCUGAUUAUAGUGGUAUUAUAAAAAACACCCAUUUGUGUUUGUCAGGAGAAGGCCAAACCAGUAUCUGUAAAGGGGACAGUGGGGGUCCUCUAGUAUCUGGAAGUACUCAAAUAGGAAUCAGUUCAUUCAGCUACAAAAGCUGCGAAGCAAGCAAACCUUCUGUAUUUACACGGAUAAGUGAAUUCAAAGAAUGGAUUAAAAAUAAUUCCGAUGUUGAGAUUUAGUUGAAGUUAAACAUUUUCUUAUUAAGAAACAAGAUUAAAAGUCAAUUACAAAACCACAUGCUUUAUUUGAAAUCUAAAUGCAACAACGUUUGCGAAUAAAGUAUUCUAGAAAUUUCAAAUUAUUUAUGAAACAGCACUGACAUUAUUAUUAUAACACAACACACAUUUGGAAUGUUGUUCCGUGGACAUGCUUUUCAGAAAAUGUGUAAUUCACCCUGUAUAAUUAAACACAAAUAAUUGAUAUAUUUAUACAUUAUUACUAAUACCUAUAGCAUAUUUUGGAUAUUGCCACAACACAUUAAAUUUAAAUAUACAAAAAUGACAUAACUGCAUGACACUAAAAAACAAACUAAAAACGAAAGUUGUAAAAAAUUAAUCGAAUAACAAGUGCAUACAGAUAAAUUUUCAAAAACAAGUAUCACAACGAUAACGAGAAAACAGUUAACAUGAAAUGGAAGUACAAAAAUAUUGGUAUCAUUAAAAAUUCUUAAUGGAAAUAAGGCCCUUCAUUAUAUCGAACGAGUUACCAUCGGGCUGCACAGAUUUCGAAGUUCCUCUGGACGUUUUGACUUUCAGAAAACCUUGAUCAUCGAUGCCCACUAUCUUGACUCUUUCAAAUUUACCUUCCGCAGUGGUAAUUGUCACAGCUG